AUGGACAUAAGGCGUGGUGUCAGAACCGUUUUCAAGCCCGAACCAGAUCACCGCAAGGCCUCCCCCCCCACCCCUGCCCCUCGGAGGGAGGUGGAAGAGCCUCAAGGCACUCUUCUUGGCGAGCUGAAUGAUUGCCGAGAAGAGGACAGCGGGGGCUGUUUGACAAGGGUGCGUUGGAGGAAAGGAGAUCAGACUGCACCCGUUCCGAAAGAGAAAGAGCAGCAGGCGGAGGGUGAAGCCAGCUCGGAGCUGCGUGGAAAGCAGGGCCUCAGCAAUGAGCAGAAACGCAUCACCGUCAAGGAGUACGAGGUGUGCAAACAGGCGGCCUUGUCCAAGCAGAAGACCUUGGAGGACGCUGCGGAAAGCCUGAAGAAGGAGAUGGACUCUGCAAGGGAACAACAUGGGUGUGUGGAUAUGGCGAACGGGCCUCAGACACUGCUGGACGCAGCAAAGCGAUUUGAGGAGGCCAAGGAUGCGUACUUGAAGGCCAUCAAGGUCGCCCGGCAGGCACGGCAGGAUAUGGGGGCUUGGAACCGGUUCAUAAACGAUCUCAAGGAGGGGGCGCACAACGGAGGUCGUGUGCGCGUAUGGACGUGA